GGGCCGGGGUCCGGAGAGCGGCUCCGUGGGGCGGGGGCCAGGACUGGGGCUAGGGAUACGGCCGGGGCUGGGCCAGGGGCUGGAGCCAGGGCCAGGGCUGGAGCUGGGGUCCGGGCGGCCGCAUUGACAUCUCUGUCAGCUGGACCAUGGAGAUUGGCGCUUGCCCGAGCCCCCAGCGCCUGCUUAUCUGCCUGCAGCCGCUCUUCCUCUCGCUCCUUUUGGGGCCCAGCCGGCCUGUCACCGCCGAGGAGGUUGUCCUUCUGGAUUCCAAGGAAUCCCAAGCUGAGCUAGGCUGGACUGCACUACCCAGUAAUGGGUGGGAAGAAAUCAGUGGAGUGGAUGAGAACGACCGACCAAUCCGAACCUACCAGGUGUGCAACGUGCUGGAACCCAACCAGAACAACUGGCUGCAAACAGGCUGGAUUGGGCGGCGUGGUGGGCAGCGGAUUUUCAUCGAGCUCAAGUUCACACUUCGGGACUGUAGCAGUAUCCCAGGGGUGGCAGGAUCUUGCAAGGAGACCUUCAACCUCUACUACACUGAGGCAGAAGCGGAGGCUGGGGCAGGAGUAGAGGGGGAGGGAAAGGGCGGGGCUGGUCUAGGUGGAAGCCUGAGCGAGAGCCGCCAGCGCAAGGUGGCUACCAUCGCAGCAGAUGAGAGCUUCACCCAGGGUGAUCUGGGCGAGCGGAAGAUGAAGCUCAACGUGGAGGUGAGGGAAAUCGGGCCACUGAGCAGGGACGGCUUCCACUUGGCCUUCCAAGAUGUGGGCGCCUGCGUGGCACUGGUCUCCGUGCGAGUGUAUUACAAGCAGUGCCUGGCCACAGUGCAGAACCUGGCAGCCUUCCCAGACACUGUGGCGGAGGCUGCCUUCUCGUCGCUGGUGGAGGUCACUGGCACGUGUGUGGCCCAUUCAGAGGGGGAGCCCGGCCGCCUCCCCCCUCGAAUGCACUGCAGUGCCGACGGGGAGUGGCUCGUGCCUGUCGGCAGGUGUAGCUGCAGCGCUGGCUUCCAAGAGCGGGAGGAGUCCUGUGAAGCCUGCCCCCCUGGAUUUUACAAGGUGUCCCCGCGGAGGCCACUGUGCUCCCCGUGCCCCGAGCAUAGCAGCGCUCUGGCCAACGCGUCCACGCUCUGCGUCUGCCAGGACAGCUAUUCCCGCUCCCCAGCGGACCCACCCUCAGCCUCCUGCACCCGUCCUCCGUCUGCCCCGAGGGAUCUGGUCUACAGGCUGAGCCGCUCCACCCUGUUGCUGCGCUGGAGUCCCCCGGAGGACUCUGGCGGCCGUUCUGACAUCACUUACACCGUCCUAUGCCAGCGCUGCGGCGAGGAUGGCCCGGGCGUGGGGCAGGGGCAGGGGUUUGGCCUGGGCCCCGGGGGCACCUGUGAGUCCUGCGGGCCCAGCGUGAGUUUCGUGCCGCGCCAGACCGGACUGCGAGAGAGGACAGUCACCUUGCUCAACCUGCUCCCGCACUCCCACUACACCAUCCGGGUGGCAGCGCUCAACGGCGUCUCCGGCCUGGGCGCUGUGGGGACCACUUACGCCCAGGUCAUCGUGUCCACGGGUCUGGCGGUAUCCAGUGGAGUGACUGAGAUCCAUCCAGACCGAGUGGAACCCAAGAGUGUCUCCCUGUCCUGGGAAGAGCCAGGGUUCCCAGGGACCCUAGGAGCAAACAACACUGAGUAUGAAAUUCAGUACUUUGAGAAGGGCCAGAGGGAACAGACCUAUGCCACCGUCCGGACAGGAGCACCUGCUGUCACAGUCAAUAACCUGAAGCCAGCAACACUCUAUGUCUUCCAAAUCCGAGCAGCCUCACCUUCCCUCUCCCCAGAAGUUGGAAACUUCACUCCCAGCAUAGAAGUAGAAACUUUAGUGGAGACUGGCUCAGGCUCUAGGAAACAGAACCCUGCGGUGGUUGCUGUGAUAGUCUCUGUAGCUGCCCUCCUCAUCCUUGGCUUCGGGCUCAGUUCUCUGGCUAUUUGGAAGAGGCACUGUGGAUAUGGAAAAGGCCUUGGAGAUCGCAAUGAUGAGGAGCUCUACUUCCACUUUAAGGUCCCAACGAGGAAGACGUAUAUUGACCUAGAAAACUGUGCUGAUCCUAUGCAGGCUUUGCACCUGUUUGCCAAAGAGCUGGACAGCUCCAGUGUGUCUGUCCAUAGCAUCAUAGGCACAGGGCAGUUUGGAGACCUGUGCAGCGGCUGCCUGAGGCUGCCAGGUGGACGGGACCUCCUGGUGGCUGUGCACACCCUGCGGGACGGCGCUUCGGAAAAGCAGAAGCUCCGCUUCCUGGCCGCAGCCUGUGCUCUGGGUCAGUUUGACCACUCCAAUAUCGUCCGGCUGGAAGGCGUCGUCACUCGGGGGAUCACCAUGAUGAUUGUCACAGAGUACAUGGGCAAUGGGGCCUUGGAUGACUUCCUCAGGAGAUAUGAUGGGCAGCUGACUGUGAGCCAGCUGCUGGGGCUGCUGCCUGGGGUGGCAUCGGGAAUGCGAUACCUGUCUGAAAUGGGCUAUGUCCACCGUGGCUUGGCUGCCCGUCAUGUACUGGUCAGCAGCAGCCUUGACUGCAAGAUCUCAGGCUUUGGGCAGGGCCCACAGGACCAGGCUGAAGCUGUCUACACUACCUUGAGUGGCCGGAGCCCAGUUCUAUGGGCUGCCCCUGAGACGGUCCAGUUGGGCCAGUUCACCUCAUCCAGUGAUGUGUGGAGCUUUGGAAUCCUCAUGUGGGAGGUGAUGGCAUUUGGAGAGCGGCCCUACUGGGACAUGUCCAGCCAAGAUGUGAUCAAGGCCAUUGAGGACGGCUUCCGGCUCCCGGCUCCCCGGAGCUGCCCUUCCUCGCUGCAUCAGCUCAUGCUCCAUUGUUGGAGGAAGGACCCCAGGGAGCGACCUAGGUUCACACAGAUCCAUAGUAUCCUGUGCAAGAUGGCAGAAGACCCACAGACUCCCCCAAGUGCCACCCUCACCUGCCCCAGAUAUGUCCCAGACAACCUCACCUGUCCUCGAUAUAUCCCUGACAUCCUCACUCUCACCUGUCCCAGUUCUGUGGAUGAAUGGCUGGAGGCCCUGAACUUGGACCAAUACAAGGAUCGGUUUGCUGCUGCUGGUUAUGACUGCCUGGAGUCUGUGGCCAUGAUGAAUCUUGAUGACUUGUUCAGUCUGGGAAUCUUCCCUCGUGCACAUCGAGAUAUCCUCCUGAGUGGGAUUCGAAUGCUCCGGGCACGAGUUAUUGAACUGCAGGGACAAGGGGUUCAAGUGUGAGCUGGAUUCCCCUUUUCUCUCCUGUUGGUGAGGCCCAAGGAUGCUGGCUAUUCUGCCCUGCCCAAUUCCCCACUCAGCCCUGUUCUCUGGCAGGGCUUCAGAUGAUCUGGAUACCAUAGAUGGCCUGGAGGUUGGUGGCCUCCUUGGGCUUCUGAUAUCUUUUCUGACCUCAAGCCACCAGAUGCUAAGCUUGUAGCCCUGUGGAUCCCAGGGUACAGAGCCUGCCUGGAGAAGUAGAGCAGGUAUGGUGGCCUGGGGCCAGUGACUCUCCUACCCAGUCCCAGCCUGUUCUGUUCCCUUAGCAGUUUCCUGUCCCUACCUCCAAACUCCCUAUCCCCUAAUCUCCACAAAUCAAUCUUAAUUCCCAAACCUGUGGGACCCUCAGCCUGUGAAAGAGGAUGAGGGGCUCUGGGAAGUACACAUGGUGAGCAUUCUCAAUUCUGCUCUGCUCCCAAUUCAUCCAUUUUUCUUUUCCACACACAUGGGAUUUUGUUCCCCUUUGGGACUGGACUCUAGGGACUGAGGAAGUAGGUAGCUGGAGCUUUGGAAGGGGACAUUUGCUUCUAUGGUCCUACCUAGUCCUAGGAGUGUGGGCCAGACAAGGAUCCUCCCAUGGUCCCCCUCCCCUCCCUACCCCCAGCUCUGCUGAAGCCUAAACAGGAAGCAUGAGAGGAGGGCAGGUGGGCACUGGUGAGCAGCCCGAAAGCCUUGGGGUUCAGCUAGCUAACCUGACAGUCAGCCUUAGAGACCCCAAUCUCAGGUGCUUAUAGAGACACAUCUCUGUCUGUCUUCUGUUCAUCUGUUCCUCUCUGGGGUCUUGUCAGAACUAUCACCUCUUCAGGGCCAUGUCAUCUACUCCCCAUAUCAUCCAUCCCCCUGACUCCCAGACCAAUGAGAAUCUGUCCUGUUUUAAAGAUAUCACUGCCUCCUUGGAAGUUCAACAGAUCUAGCUUCAAUCUUUGUUGCUGCCAGUUCCUUUUCACUGUGGAGUCAGAGAGGAGCCCCCCUUCUGAGUAAUUCACCCCAAAUCUGCCACACCCCUGCUGCCAACCUGGGGGGAGGAGGGAGACAAAUGGGUCUCAUUUUUAAUUCCUUCAUAAACUUGCAGGCGUUUUGUCUUUUUCCCCUGUACCUGGCCCCAGGUAAGAACUUGGAGCUGCUUUCUCUGUUCUCAGCACAUAAAAGCCCUAUUCUCCAGCCUCCAGGGAGUAUGGGGAAGAGAAUCAUAGAAUGUCAGACCUAGAAGAGAGCUGAGGUAACCUAGUUCCAACCUUCCCAUUUUAUGGAUGGAGAAAGUGAGUUUCAGAGAAGGAAAGCAGCUUGCUCAAAGUUGCUGAGUCGUUAUGAGAACUGGCACUACAACCAAGCUUGCUUGACUCUUAGGGUGUUUCCCAUUUCACCAGGCUGCCUCCUAGAAAACCGUUUAAUGUUUUUUUCUUUCUCCCUAUGACUUUAACUCCCCUCUGAUAUAGUGGCCCAGAGGGGUGAAGUCUGGGAAGUCCUCUUAGAAUAGGGGGUAGCUGAGCUGGGCUUUGAAGGAUGAGUCUAUAGAGAGAGCCAGGAGGUAGGGCACCCCUGGAUAGGAGUGACAUUGGUGGUUUGCAAUUCAAUGCAUGAGUGGGGUAGGCUGGGCAGGAGGGAAGAUAGGUGGGCUGGGCAGAAGUCCAGGAAGCCGGGAAGAGGGCAGAGUUAGUCCUGAUUGGUCUGUAUUGGAUCAGGUACAGACCAACAGAUUUCCAAGGGUCAGUAGUUUGGAGCCUACAGCAAGGAAGAAGGGUCUACACCAAGAGAAAAAAUGUCCCCCACCCGCCCACUCCCAGUCACAUUACUUCCCCAAGGCUAAACAUCUCUGACUUUUCUGUGGAGGAUAUCUCUCUGUGCAGAUAGGAGCUAUUGGGGUCGACUGGACCUAACUUUUUCUCCCCAGGAGUGUGAUCCUUAGCUCCAGCUAGUUAGCUGACUUCUGACUUUUGGACUGUAGCCUAUGACAUCUAAGCAUGGGCUAAAAGAACUAGUGAUGUUUAACUGUGGGGAUGGGGAUGAUAGCCUGUCUUAGAAUAUCUAACAGGCUGUCACAGGGAAGAGGCACUGGGCUGGGUCUGCUUAGCCCCAGAUGACUAGAAGUGGUACGGGGAAGCUACAGGGAGCCAAUUUCCUGACCAUCAGAGCUGUCCCAAGGUGGAAUGGACUUGGGGUCGGGGUGCUGGAGUCUGAUUUGGGGAGAGUUGUUAUAAAGACAUUCCUAUAAAGAAAUGGUGGUAGGAAACACCCUCUGUCCCCCUGGAGCUCCCUCCCGAGCUCUGAGACUCUGUGAUGAUAACCCCAGUUAUACAUGGUAUUACCCCCCCAUUCUAUACAGAUCUAUUUUUAUAUGAAAGUUGUUAAUUUCACCACAGUGUAAGCCAAUGGG